GAAGUUAGGAGGAUCCGACCCUACCACAGCCAGCCAACUGGUUAGAACGAUUGCAAUCUCAUAUUUUGACAAAAAGAAAAGAUGGGCACAAAACAGCAAAAUCUCCAACUGGGCUCAUGUGUCCCUCCUCUAUCUAUCUCAACUCCUAACCCCACACUCACUAAACUAACUACUUCUUCCAUAUCAUUCUUCCUCUUCCAUUUUCCUCUACACUAAUUCUCCCAUGGACUUGCACCUCCACCAACCCCAUCUCACCUUAGCCAAGAGCUCCCGCUAUCGCUCUAACGAAUGGAUAUUCCGUGAUGUCCCGAGUGAUAUAACGAUUGAAGUAAACGGUGUCACGUUCGCGUUGCAUAAGUUUCCACUCGUGUCUCGUAGUGGACGAAUCCGAAAAAUAGUCUCUGAAAACCGCGAAGCCACGAUAUCUCGGGUCGAGCUACUCAACUUACCCGGAGGCCCGGAAACAUUCGAGCUAGCCGCAAAGUUUUGCUACGGAAACAACUUCGAGAUAACUCCAUCCAACGUCGCGCAACUAUGUUGCAUUUCCGACUACCUCGAAAUGACCGAGGACUUCUCAAACGACAACCUCGGAUCACGUGCCGACGAGUAUCUCAACUACAUCGUCCUCCAGAACCUCGAAAUGUCGGUCGAGGUUCUACAACAGUGUGAAAACUUACUUCCACUAGCCGACGAGCUCAAAAUCGUUCCCCGAUGCAUCGACGCCAUCGCGUCAAAAGCGUGCGUGGAGCAAAUCGCUUCGAGUUUUUCACGGCUCGAGUAUAGUAGCUCGGGCCGGCUCCAUAUGAGCCGACAAAAGUGCGAAUCCGAUUGGUGGAUAAAAGAUUUAUCCGUUUUACGAAUAGAUUUAUACCAACGUGUCAUUACCGCGAUGAAACAUCGCGGGGUGAGACCCGAAAGUAUUGGCGAGUCACUCAUGAACUAUGCUGAAAACAAACUAACAAAAAAGUCAAACGGUCAACAAAAGGUGGGUCACGACCAGGAGCGGCUCGUGGUCGAGACCAUCGUCGGGUUGUUACCCGUUGAAAAACUUGCGGUUCCAUUGAGUUGUUUGUUUGGGUUGCUUCGAAGUGCGAUGAUGCUUGAAUGCUCGGUCGCUUGUAGGCUUGAUCUAGAGCGAAGAAUCGGGUCGCAAUUGGAUAUAGCGACGCUUGACGAUCUAUUGAUACCGUCUUUUAGACACGAUAGUGACACGUUGUUUGAUGUGGAUACAGUACAUAGGAUUUUGGUUAACUUUUCGCAACUAGAUGAUAGUUGUGGUGAUGAGGAAGAUCCGGAUGGCUCGGUUUUUGAAUCGGAUGGGCUUGAUUCGCCAUCCGAAACCGCAUUGUUUAAGGUUUCGAAGUUGGUUGAUAACUAUUUGGCGGAAAUCGCGCCUGAUGGUAAUCUUAAACUUUCGAAGUUUAUAGCGAUUGCGGAAGGUUUACCCGCGCAUGCUCGUACGGUUCAUGAUGGGUUGUAUCGAGCUAUUGAUGUUUACCUCAAGGCUCAUCAGGGUUUAUCAGAACUAGAUAAAAAAAAGAUCUGCAAACUAAUCGAUUUCCAAAAGCUCUCACCGGAAGCCGGUGCACAUGCAGCACAGAACGAGCGACUUCCACUUCAAUCGAUAGUCCAAGUUCUAUACAUAGAACAACUCAGGCUAAGAAGUGCCUUAUUCUGCUCUGAGCUCGGCGACAUCCAUAAACCGCCAGUGCACCAACAGUCGUGGCGGAUAAACAGUGGCGCUCUCAGUGCCGCCAUGUCACCGAAGGAUAAUUACGCGUCACUGAGGCGAGAGAACAGGGAGUUGAAACUUGAGUUGGCGCGGUUAAGGAUGAGGUUAAAUGAUUUGGAGAAAGAACAUGUGUGCAUGAAGAGAAAUAUGGAGAAAUCCCAUUCGCGGAAAUUUAUGAGCUCGUUUUCGAAGAAAAUUAGUAAACUUAACCUUUUUGGACAUAGUUCUUCAAGGGAAUCAACCUCUCCAUCAAGAAAUUCACAGAGAACUGAUUCUAAGUUAACUGUGAGAACAGAAUGAAGCAAACAGUAGUUUUUUUUUUUUUUUUUUUUUUUUUUUUUUUUGGUAUUAAAAGGGCCUGUUCACAGGCUAGGAUUUUUGGGCUUGGCGGUUUUGGUCUGGUUUCUAUCAGUUUGGGCCAGUCCAAGGCCCAUGAAUAUUCUAAGGCCCAACUGUAAUCUGUUUAUGUUUUGUUUCUCCAAGGUUGUAAAUGAUAUAGAUUUUGUGAUCAUA